AGCAUGUGUUUUCCUUUUCAGCGUUUUCUGUUUUGCUUUUAAUUUUCAAUCUAAAACAAUUAGCCUCCAAGCAAACAGAAACAAUUUCAAUUUUUAGAAAAAUAUCCCCCGAUAGCAAAGGUAAUUUUCUAGAAUAAUGGAAAAACAUAAAGGUAAAGCUCUUGAAACACAAAUAAACACUGACGCAAAAAUAACUACAAAGAAAAGCAAGCGAAGACUAGCAAACGAUGGGGAAGAAACGCCUUCGAAAAAAUCGCACCUUGAUCCACCUGAAGCCAUAACUGCCGGAACAACUAUCGAACAAGCAGCCUCGUUGCCUUUGGCCGGAUCAACCGCAAAACGGGCUAAGCGGCGGGAGAAGCACGCCAAAAAUCAGAAAGUAAAGCGAGAGAAAAAUAAAAAUCGUGAAAAACAAGACAUCUGCCAAUACCUUCAAACGUGGAACGAUAACCGGGAAAAGUGGAAAUUUCAAAAACUGAAACAAAUCUACAUCCAAGAGCAUGUGUUCGAUGAGGACCUCCUGGAUGACAGCAUCUGGCCGCUGGUGCUAGAUUAUCUUUCUGGCAUGAAGGGUUCGGGUAAGGAAGCUUUGUCGGACCGGGCCAAAGCAAUUAUGAAGGAAAUUGAUCGUCAAACAAAGGAUACCGGUGAUAGCUCACUUUUGGACGGAAGCAAAUACCGGCGAGCGAGAGAACUGUUACAAUACUUAGGAUAAUUAAGAUAACUCGCAAUACAUUAAUUGUAUCAUUAAACUUA